UCUUGUGUUCUCUUUAAAAGCAAUUCAAAGUCGGUUUCUUGUUUUUCAACCAAUAAUUUAAUGGAGUGCAGACUGCACUAUAAAUUAUACAGUUAUAAAGUACUGACUUUACAUUUGCUAUGUAGACGGAAUUUUAUUCGACACUACUGCCGCCUAUCCUUAUUUAAUUGACAGAGUGAUGAGACUAAAUAGCUUUGACUUUGCCACUUAGCAUGUUUGUCUACUUCCUGUUCAUUGCUCAAGGUGUGCAGGCAUUCUCAAGGAAUUAUUAGACUAGGCCACCUGCAGCUAUGAAUUAGACAUAUAUUGAGCACUUGGAUAUUCAAGGCACAUAAGAAGCAUAAAACCUAGCCCUGUCACUCAAAUAUUUUGUUAGUUAAUGAUCAAACAAAAAAAAAAAGUUGAUUAAAAAGUACAGAGCAAGGCACGAAAGCCAGGAAAACACACCGUCUUUAAGGGAGAAGGCAGUCGUGGAGACUUCAGCAAGGAGUUGACACUUUUCAGCUGCUCCCAAAAGCAAUGUGAAAAUCCAAGGGAAAACAAUUGACCAAGGCCACAUUACCCUCUUCUGAUGUUCCUGAGUCUCCAGGGCAUCCUGCUUGAACGAUUAGAUCACACUCUUAGGUACUGUUGCUGACUGAGCUGGGGCACUUCAAGUCUUAUAAAACUUUGUCAUGCGGCACAUAAAUAGAAAUUGUUGUUCAUAUGUGAAUGUAUUGUUGCUGUUUUAACACCUAACCCGACACACGGCUAGAAAGACUCUACCACUAAUAUUGAGAUGUCAGCACAUCUGCUACCACGCUCCCUUGUUUGGCAUUCCUUCAGACAUAAAGUCUAUCUCUUUUAUCAAAAUCAAAUCUCUGUGUUAAUUCCCUUAAGGAACAAGAGAUUUCUGCUAUGCCUGAUAGGGUUUAAGCUGCAUGCAGCAUAUGUUCCUGGGAAAAUGUUGAUAAUUGCAGAUGCCUUCCCCAGAAACCCACUGGCAGACAAAUGUUCUACAGAGACUGGCGAGCUCAGGGAGCUACGGAAAGGAGCUGGAAAAGCUAACCUACCAUCUUCCAUCUUCCAUCUUCCAUCUGCAGAAAGGAUCAGCUGGAAGAGCUGGCUAGAGUUGAUUAACUGCUGCAAGCUGUUUGGGAGUGUUGUCAGGCAAGGUUUUUGCCAAAUAUAAAAGUGAUAUACCAGCGCCAGAGGGCUGAGGUUUGAUGAUCACAUAUGGUCAUCGCAUAUUCUUCUUCCACCCAUGAAAGAUGACAUACCGUGGCCAGAUGCUUGACGUGAAUACACGUUCUAACCUUCAAUAAAUAGACAGAAGAACUCAGGAGCUUCAGUUUCAAAUGCAGUGCAUUUUCUAAAAACAUACCUCUGCCAAUAUUUUUUGAGGAAACAAAAUGUGCCAUAAAUUGUUAACAUUUUUUCCUAAAGGAAAUGACUUACCCAUUUUGUACUAAAAGAAUAUGGGUUUACUUUAAACUCUGCACAUAUAAAAAGCUGGACCUGAUAAUCAUCCAUCAGCAAGUGGAACUUCUCGGGAUGAUACUCGGUACUGAGACUUCCAACAAAUACGAGAUCAAAAACAGCUUGGGACAAAGAAUUUACUUUGCAGUGGAGGAAAGCAUCUGUUUUAAUCGUAAUGUAUGUUCUACGCUGAGAGCCUGCACCCUGAGGAUCACAGACAACUCGGGUCGAGAGGUGAUUACAGUGAACAGGCCCCUAAGGUGUAACAGCUGCUGGUGUCCUUGCUACCUACAAGAGCUAGAAAUUCAAGCCCCUCCGGGUAUUGUAGUUGGUUAUGUUGCACAAAAGUGGGACCCCUUUCAACCCACAUUCACAAUCCAAAAUGCAAACAAGGAAGAUAUUUUGAAAAUUGUUGGUCCUUGUGCAACCUGUGGCUGUUUUGGCGAUGUGGACUUUGAGGUGAAAACUGUUGACGAAAAGAUUACAAUUGGGAAGAUUUCCAAGUACUGGUCAGGAUUUGUCAAUGACGUGUUCACAAACGCUGACAACUUUGGGAUUCAUGUUCCUGCAGAUCUCGAUGUGACUCUCAAAGCAGCAAUGAUCGGUGCUUGCUUCCUCUUUGAUUUUAUGUUCUUUGAACACUCACUUGCUGGAUUAUAGCAAGCAUGAUGACGAAAACAAUAAAAUAUGCAGACUGCAUUUCAGUAAGUAAAGGGCAAGUUUAAAUGAUCUCCUUCCUUUGAAGAUGUCUAGGUUUGACACUCUCUAAUUCUUUUUCAUUUUCUUCUAGAUAUCCCUUGGGCUCUGAAUUUAAUUUCUGAAUGGCUUGAAUAUUCUAGUUUUUAUAACUAAAUGUUAAUUAUUAUAUUUAUUAAAACACAGUGUAAUGAUA